AUGGCUAAAAGUUUACUUGAUAUCAUCAACAAAUGGAAUACUGAUGAAUUAUUCAACUUUUUGAGAAGUCAAGAAUUAAAUCUCGAUGAAGAAGAUUUUUUACUUCUAAGGAAUCAAAAAAUUUCGGGUUCGAGUUUUCCUUUACUAAGUAAAAAAGAUCUUCUUCGAUGUCAGCUAAAAUGGUCAUUCGAUCAUUUUGAAGGAUGGGUUUUGCAAAAUUAUACUGUACCGAAAAAAGAAGUUUAUGCUCGAUGUUUUUUUAAAAUUAUUCGAAAAAUCAAAGAAGACCCUAGGACUUUAAAAGAGAUCAAAGAAAUAAUGUCAAUUUUGGAUAAAAAGUUAGGUAUCGUAGAUGAUAACUCCGUCGAUAACUCUGUUGAUAAAUAUCUCGCGUAUAAAUCAAUGUUGAAGAGCAACAUCUCGCCAUUUGUUGAUUUAAUUUUAAGUUAUCAUAAAUCCAAAGCUUUUAGGGAGUUUAAAGAUUAUAAUGAAACCGCAUUUCAGACGGCAAUUGAAUUGCUACUUCCAACCAAAAAUCGCCAACCUGAAGUUCGACUUGUAGUUGAUGGGUCGAAAAAUUCAGGCGCAGGUCGCUUUGGAUUUAUUGACAUUUUUGUUAAUGGAGUGGAUGAAGACGGAAUAAAUUCGAGCGUAAUAUUGGAGUUAAAAUGUAUUUCUUUGGUAGGUCUUUUAAGUGGAGAAAAGGCAAGAUGGGUUGAAAACGCAGACUACAAAUCAUUAAAGGCCUUAGAUAAUAAGAUCAAAGAAGAAACUGAAGACGAAUUAUUAAAUAGAAAAUAUUUCUAUUGGUGUAAGGAAAAAAAGAAAUAUGAGCAAGUAUUAGUGAGAGAGUUAGUUAAAAAUGGAAUGGAACAACUUGGUAGGUAUAUGAAAACGGUGCGGAAGGGUAGUGUUAAUAAGUAUGAUAAAUCAGGAAUUUAUGAUGACAAAAUUCAAGUAAUGAAGGGGGAAGGGUAUUUGGGAGGAGUACUUGUGGUUUCACUUGGUUCUAAACGUGACCUUAUUGCUAAAUUAGGUGAUGAUACUGCAUCUUACAAAACGAAUUCUGAUAAUACCCCUGAACAGAUAGAAAAUAUAUCUGAUAAUAUUUCUAAUUCUGAUAUAUAUCAAGAGUCGAAUAUUCAAUACCCUGAACCACUUAUUCGUACGGAGUUUGAAUCUUGUAAAGAUAAAGAGAUCGAAUUCCUAGAUCAUGUACAUAAAGAAACUAUUAGCACCGAGAUAAGAGAGAGAAAUAGGAAAAAAAAGCUAUUACAGACUAACAAUACUUCCAUUUCUCAAUCUGAGAAUUUAUCUUCAGUUAAUGCAUCCAAGUUACCAGCUGGUCUUGAAAUAUAUCCAUCAAACCAUGAUCAGAAUUCAGAAUCGACUAUACUUAAUAACUCUAAUAAUGAAGUUAUUAUCAAGUUGGAUAAAAAUCUAAUUACGGAACAGGAAUUAAAACAACAACUGUCAGCAUCUAUACCUACUCCCAUAAUCUCAGAUCAGCUUCAGGAUCGAGACUCAUCUUCAGUUACAGCGGAAAGCAUAGUUUACGCAUUUUAUAAGGCCAUUCAAUCGGGACAAGAAGGGAUACUUUACUGGUAUUAUUUUAUCGAAAAAUAUGACAAAAAAAUCGAUGAGAUUGUUAUUAGUGAAAUUAAAAGAAAAACUGCAACAUCUAUGAGUCAUGUGACUAAAAACCGUGAAGAUUUUCUUCACGAUCAGAGUCAUGCGACUUCAAAAAUUAAUCUGACUAAUACAUAUAUUCCUUCGAAAGCACCUCAAUCUAAGUUAACGAAUGAUCGAUCCUAUUUUCGUAGCAAAACAUUGGAUCAAUAUCCUAAUUUAUAUCGAGAAGGUAGUGAUGGAAACGACGAUUAUUAUGGAAUUACUGAUGAAUCUUUAUGCCCACUAUGCAAGUUAGAUCACGACGAUGAUAAUGGUAUAGAAGGUAGAUAUGAAAUUGGAUCCUAUUAUAUUAAAUGUGAACAGCCUAAUAAAACAUUGACUCCCGAAUAUUUGGAAUGGGAAGCUAAAUUAACAGAAUUGCCGGGUAUUUUGACGGAUAAAAUUCGUUCUAGGUUAUAUAAAAGAUACAAGAAAAAAACUGGGCUCGAUCCCUGGAUAAUGUCUGAAACCUUUGAGUCCCCACAAAUUGAAGAAGAUACUAGUAAUUACCUUUCACAGGAUUGUGUUAUCAAAAUUUCUAAGUUUCCAGAAGAAAAAAGCACAAUCCAUGAAGCAGUACAUAAACAUUUUCCUUUCUUAUCAUAUACUAAUUCAAAUGUAUGGCACCGGGAUGUUUUUAAAUAUACCGAUUCAGAAGCUAAAUGCCCAGUAUGCAAAGAGGUACAUACACAUCGAGAGGCAGGCUUACGCCAAUAUGCCAUUGAACAUGGAAUGGAUCCCGAGAAAUUUUCGGUUAUUACUGAGGCUGAGAAAAAUAGGUGGACCACGGGAUGUUUUCGUGGGGAUUUGGAAAGAGAUAUACGUUUCUAUCGUGGUGGAAUAGAAAGAAAAGAAGACCCUAGAAAAUAUCGUAAAUUUUUAACAGAUCGGGAGAGGCUAGUCGGUGAAGAGUUAUUACGUCGUGGUAUACUAAAAAGUGGUUUGACUACUGCAUGGCUCGAUGAUCUUAUGGAAGAAUGGGAAAAAAUCCAUGCUCAAUUCAUACAAAUUUUUAAUUAG